AAAAAGGCAGGAGAAGGGUUGAGUGAUAGACUAGUGCAAAAGACAGUUAAGUUUGGAGGAGGAUUUUUGAUGAUAUGGGGGUGUAUGACUUGGGAAGGGAUUUUAGAGGACAAGUUGCAACAAACUUUCCAAUAUUAUGGGUUAUCCCCUGAUGAUAUUAUCUUUCAACAGGAUAAUGACCCCAAGCAUACUAGCAGAAGGGCUAAGCAGUAG